AUGCAACUCACCAACUUCCUCCCGGUCCUCCUCUUCUUCUCGGUGACCACUCUGGCCCAAAAAUGCAACCCCAACCACAACCUCAAAUGCUGCAAGGUCCGAAACUCGCUGGCUGACGGUGCGGUCACCGACGCGACUGAUGGAGCGGGUGUGGCGCUCGACCCGGAGUUGCUCGGGACUGUGGGCGCGGAGUGUGACACGGUUGCAACCGCUACGGACUGUGACGUUGCGCGGGGGUAUGCUCUGGCGUGCUGUGCAGGUGGCUCGGGAGACGACGCGGCUGCUUACUGUCAGAAGCCGAUUCCGGGGCAGACUGCUGGCGGGGCAGUGGAUGAGGCUUCAGGGAAGGCCUCGGACGUGGCUGGGGAGAAGGGAAUGGAGGAGGGCAAGCGCUAA